GCAAAAUUUAUUUUUUAAAAAUAAAUAAAUAAAUAAAGUUUGAACAAAAAGUCCUCUCUCUCUCAUCCGUCUAAAGCCCGACAUUUGGAAAAGAAAAGCGCUUAACAGAGAUGGAAAAGGGCGAACCGUCAGAAAUCGACCACCACCAGACCGCCACCGCCACCGUCACCGCCCACCACCUCGCCUUCCCGGCCGGAUUAUCUCAGCAAGAGUUCGACAACCUGAAACAACUCAUCUUCGAGUUCCACACCUACGAACUCCGCCCCGGCCAAUGCUCCUCCCUCCUCUCUCAACUAAUCCGAGCGCCGCGCGAUGUCGUUUGGUCCGUCGUCCGCCGCUUCGAUAAACCUCAAACUUACAAACACUUCAUCAAGAGCUGUACCGUCGCCGAAGACUUCGUAAUGACUGUAGGAUGUACCAGAGACGUCAAUGUAAUCUCAGGCCUCCCGGCGGCAACGAGUACAGAGCGGCUCGAUAUACUUGACGACGAUCGGUAUGUGACUGGUUUCAGUAUCACCGGCGGUGAGCAUCGGUUAAGGAACUACCGGUCUGUUACGACAGUUCAUGAAAUGGAGCGAGAUGGUCAGAUCUGGACCGUCGUUUUGGAAUCGUACAUCGUGGAUGUGCCGGAAGGGAAUACAGAAGAGGAUACACGUUUAUUUGCAGAUACGGUUGUGAAAUUGAAUCUGCAGAAGCUUACAUCCGUUACUGAAGGAAUGGUUCGUGCCGUUGAUUCUGCUGUUGUUGCUGCUGCUGCUGCUGCAGGCCAUAAUAUCUGUGUGAACGUUGAGAAGAAGGAUUUGGCAGUUGUGCUUCUGGGCAUACUUAUUUCGUUCUGCAAUGCAAAUUGAAUAGAAGGAGAGAAGAAAAAGACGAUCGGAGCUGUUUGUGUGGACUUGUCGAAGCUGGUGGAUGGUCUCGUUGAAGUUGGUCCCAUUGGAGAAGAAGAGCACUGGAAGAAUAAUCAUAACAAGAAAUAAUGGUAAUUUUGUAAAAUUGUUUGAUGAUGAGGUAAGCAAAAGGUCAAAAUUCUUAAAUUUAAAAAGUGGGGCAAAAAUCAUUUUGGGCCUUGAGAAUGGGUCUUUUAAUCAAUUUUCUCGCUUUUGCUCUUGUACUGGUUCACUUUCUUGCCUUUUUUCUCUACACUUGGUUUAUUUGACGUUUGUAAAA